GCGCUAAAUAUGGAGUGAGAUUGUUGACGUCUGUUUAUCCAGAUCUUAACCACUUACCUGUCUAUACAUAAGCAUUAUAUGGUAUUGUUAAAUUAUUUCCAUGAAAUACUUCAAAGAACCCUUCCCGCGAUCGGAAGAGAUCUGAUUUGCGUAAGAGAUAUUUCGACUUAUUGUACGAAUCCCAAAGUGGGAUACGUUGGCCUAGCAUUUCCAGCAGACGACAACUUACCAGCAGAAUAACAAAUUGACACUGUAGUAAGAUGGACAUAAAGGCUUUUAUGCAAUGCAAGAAACCAAGACGAUCUGGAAGACUGGAAGGAAAAGAAAGAGCAGAGACAAAAUCAAAAGAAUUACUCCAGAAUCCAUUAGGAUAUUUUGACAUGCUUCCUAUAGAACUGAAAUUUCACAUUCUUCACUUUCUAAAUGUUGAGGAACUAAGUGUGCUGACCAUUACAUCAAAAUCAAUGAGGAAUUUGAUAGAGGGUUACCGUGUUCUAACACCUGUUAUGCAAGAGAUACUAGCAAAAAUUCAUGUGCAAAACUCAUGCCUACCAGUCCCAGUGGAGAAACAAUCUGAUGUCAUCAGGACAUUCCAGCAAAUGGGGCUUCUUAUGAAAAGAUCAACAUGUUUAUAUUCCACAAGAGAUCGUCUGAAAUUUGUCAAUGAGGUUCUCACCAAGAUAAUGUGUUCCAACACUGACAAGUGUGAAAACUUUGUGAGGUGCAUUGCAUUGAGCUGCUUUGGAAAGUUUCUCCACACCGUGAUAGCAGGAUGGGACGAUUCUGAGUGUUUGAGAGUUUUUGAUGCAGUGUGUCAACAUACAGCAAUUAUGAAAAAUGUUAAGAUUAUUGUCAAUUCAAAACCAGGACGACAUACCCAGAUGGAGUACCAGAUCAGAGCAUUUUUCAGACGAGUCUUUGUAGACCACUCUCACACAGUUCAAGAUCGAGCAUUUUGGCUUAGUCGGAUUCUGAAGCAGUGGCCAAUGGUACACCAAGCUAGACUUUUGUAUGUUCUCUAUGGACCUGCUGUCGAAGGAGAAGUGUUAUGGUAUGAUGUGUGUGAGAGUUCCCCUUACAAUUCGGAGCAGUCUGCAGCACAUUUUAAUGAACUAGCCAACGCCCUACAGGUGCUUCACUGUUACCCACAGGAGUGGUCGGAGGACGACAUUAUCAGUGUCCUUGAUGAACUUACAAGUCUUCCAGAUGAGUGGCUAGCUGAAAACAUUGCUCAUCUGUUGAUCUUGUGUGGAGAUAAUAUCACCUCCAGAUUACUGGUCAGUAAAGCAAUCAAUGGUAGGAUCCGGGAGCUGGCCAGCAUCACUACCUCGUUUUGUGUGGUGUGUGUGAAGAGCAGCUUCAGUCUGACGUAUGUGAUGACAAUAGUACAGAAUAUUGUAGACACGUUGGACAGCCCAAAAGACAGACAUAAUUACUUCAACAAUGUCAUGGAAAUGUUCAAAGAGCUCAUCUUGGAUACGCAUGAGUUUUCAGAUCCAGACGACACACAUGAAAACGAGAUGCUGUACCUGGUCACAGCUAUGUCAGAGUUCACCAAGAAGAUCAUCAAUGUAGCCUACAAGCCACUGUUAUCCUAGUACACUAGGGUGUAAUUAAUGCUUCAAACUGUGAUUUACCAGAUUAUCAAGUUAACAAUGUUAUUAGCUAAAUGACACAUUUAGGUUGAUUUCAAAUCUGUAACAUUUUAUUAAAUGCAAAAAAAAAUCACUUUUAUUUGUAUUUAGACACCUUAAAACAUACAUAUUUGGGUGUUUAUACAUAUAUUUUAUAUUUGGUUAUGAUCCCAUAAAAAAAUGAACAAAAUAAAAACAUGUAUUCUGACACUGUAUAAUACAAACAAUUGAGUUCCACAGAGUAUAAAACUGGACGGGCUUCUGAGACAGUUUGUGAAAAGAAGAUAUGGCCAAAUGAUAUACACAGGUAAUAAACUUGAGGAUUUUUUUUAUUAUCAUUAUUUUUUUUUUCUAUUUUAUAUAUUGCCUGAUUCAGUGUAGUUAUCAGUGAAAUUCAAUCGAAGUAUUGGAUCAGGGACAGGUUUUACAGUGUCAUUUUUCUGUGAUGGUGAAAAGAGGAUAUAUUGCUAUUACAACAGAUCAACAAAAUAUCUAUUUAAUAGAUAAGAAGAUAAUAAUUAUCUAUGUACAUUUUGAUGACCUGAUGUGACAAUCUCUCUCUGUUCAUUCUUUAGUAGUUGUAAUUAGUCGUGAAACUAAUGGUUUGAUAUAUCUUGUUCCUGGCGGUGUUUGUCAGAAUUAUACAAUUACAGCCGGUACAUGUAGAGGUAAAUUCUGUGAUUCAAACCAUAAAACUAAGCUGUGAUUAUUUUUAUAUUUAACUUAUUUCUGAGGAUUAUGAGAUUGAUGUAAACUUUUUAUUCAAUUGUUGUACAUGUAAAAAUAUUAUGUGGUUGUGUUGGAAAAUGUAUUUGAGAGUGAUCAAAAAUUGAUAAUCUUUAAAUUGAUGUGGUUAGAAAAGAAACUUCAAAGUCAGAUUAUGUGUUGUGUAAAAAAGAAAAAUAUCUUGUUUUGUUUUAACAUUCCAGAUUUUAGAUUUAUACAUAAAAUUAAGAAAUUAACAUUUUCUUGUUAAAUUUCAUCAUUAAAAAGAAAGUUUUAUGAUGAAAAUGAGACAAAAUGUUUAUUGCUUUUGAUAAUGUGGAUUUCAGAUUCCAAAGUACUAAAACCAAAACAAACAAAAAUGUUUAAAUGCAUAAUUUCAAGAAUAUUUUGUAAGAAAAAUUCAUGUGUAAUCAACAUGGAAUAAAGAAUGAGUGAAAAGCAGAAAGAAAAUGGUAGGAACAUAUCUGUGUGAAAGGAGGGGAACAUUUGUGUAUAUGUGUGUGUGGGCCGACUUGGUAUGUACAAGUUUGCAACUUAUUAUUGUUGAAACAUUAAAAAUAAUCAA